CAUCUCUCACCCGCCGCAGCUGCAUGAUUGACUUGCCAGGGCGGCUUGCAUAGAAUAUAUUUUACAGGACCCUUGCAGGCAGGACUGACAUUUACAUAACGUCAGAAUGGCAAACUCCAAAUACGAGUAUGUCAAGUCAUUCGAGCAACCCGAUGUGUUGCUCCCCAACACAUGGAUUGUCAUUCGCAUCGACGGGCGAGGAUUUCACAAACUCUCCGAUCGCUACGGCUUCGUCAAGCCCAACGACCGCCGGGCUCUAGAUCUGAUGAACGCCGCCGCAGUAGAGGUCAUGAAGGAGCUCCCCGAUCUCUGCCUCGCCUACGGUAUCAGCGAUGAGUACAGUUUUGCAUUCCACCCCAGCUGCCAGCUUUUUGAACGGCGAAGCGCCAAGCUGGUCACGACCAUCGUGUCUACGUUUACGGCGUAUUAUAUCUAUCUGUGGGCGACGUAUUUCCCAGACACGCCGCUGCAGCCUGGGGGUCUACCCUCUUUCGAUGGGAGAGCGGUCAUGUAUCCCAACUCGAGGAUCUUCCGGGAUUAUAUGAGUUGGAGACAGGUGGAUUGUCAUAUUAACAACCUGUACAAUACGACGUUCUGGACUAUGGUUCAGCAGGGCGGUAUGAGCAACACAGAUGCGGAGCAGGAGCUGAAGGGCACCGUAUCAUCUGAUAAGAACGAGAUUCUGUUCCAGCGGUUUGGCAUUAACUACAACAAUGAGGAAGAGAUUUACAAGAAGGGCAGUGUGCUUUAUCGCCAGUAUCAACUGGAAGACGCAAAGCCCAGGUCAGAGUUCAGCAAAGCGGAGGACGAGGAGGACGUUCCCGGCGCGCCGGCCUCGCGAUCACAGCAGGACAAGAUCCGCAAACUACGCCGCAAGGCACAGGUGGUCGUCGACCAUGUCGAUAUCAUCAAGGAUGAGUUCUGGGAACGUCGGCCAUGGAUCCUGUCCGGCAAGCCGGGGAAGCUGCCUGCGGAAGCGAAAUAGUUAUGAAGAUCACGU